UAGGAAUCAUUUCUACAUCGAAAACAGAAAAAGGGCUAUGAAGCAGAUGAUGACAGCUGAUUUAUAUCUCAUAAUGUCCUGUUUGUUUUAAUGUUAAACUCUUUAAAAAGUAAAUAAGAAUUCUAAGAAAAAUGAGUGAAUUAACUCCAGACGAGAUCCGGCGUCGAAGACUUGCCAGAUUGGCUGGUAAUGCAUCCUCUAGUUCACAGAGCGACGGAUCUCCAAGUCUGUCCCAGGCCAGUGGGGCAUCCAGCCAGGCCUCUGACUCCCAAUCCACAAUGUCAAGAACUAACAGCACACCUCCUAGCAGUCUUAAUGUGGAUCCUAUCACCCCAGAAUCUCAGAGGAGCCUGGACAUGGAUUCCGAGUGUUCAGAAAAGAACUCACAAUCACAAAUGGAUGUAGAUUCUGGAAUAGAAACAAUGGAAGUUGAUGACUCAGAUAUGAAGUUUGAGAUCAAAAGAAGAAGGGAUACCAGUAUUGGAUCAGAAGCCACUGUAGAACAGGUUACUGAGGCCGUGGGUCGAGUGUGUUUGGUGUCUUGGAAAGAAGAGACUCAAGAUGCUGUGUACAUACCUGAACUUGCAGAUUGUGAGGCUGAAGAUGACUGUAAGGAGAUGAUUAAUCAAUCCUUGAUGGAAAUGCUGUUGAAAAUCAGAGAUUGCCCAGAGAAUCCAGUGUUAAAAAUUCGACCCAAUUUCUCUUAUGCUGUAUCCCCAAAGAAACCAGGGUCAAGCCCAAGAAGUGUUGGCACAAUGAUGUCACCAGAUAUGCAGCCAAAGAGAGAGUUUUCUGCCAAGUACCAGCCAGAAAACUGUAAGGAGGUGGAGAUGAUCAGCUAUCUGAUGGACUGUUACGAUAGGGCCGGGCUGGAGGAGAGGCUGGCUCCAAAGAGAGCAAGUGUCCCUCCAUUGAGUCUGAUGUUGUCCAGUGCUAGACAUCAGUGUGUGUGUCAUACUGCAAUAGUUCUGCAGGGAGGACUCACCACACCCAGAUCUGUUGGGGGCAACUCUCUACUGCUUUCCUAUCUAUUGUCUCAUAACUUACCUCGCGGCUUUCUCCCUGAGCUUGUGCAAACCACAUGUGAUGACAGGGACACAUUUAGAAGGGUGUUUAUCCCAGUCCUACAGGGCUUAAACAGAUAUAUCCAUGGCAUGUCCUUGGACAGUGACGACUACAGAGACCCUCUGUCUGUCCUGUCCGAGCUUUGUGAAAUCAAGAGUGGCAACUCGCGACCUAUAUGUGGCCUGGCUGUAGAGCUGGUAAACUGGAUCCCGGUCACUCUCACCAAGGCCACAGGAAUGGAGUUAGAGAAGCUGUCCUGGCUCGGGCCAUUCCUGGGGCUCUCUGUUUUUGCAGAGGAUAAUACCAAAGUAGUGGAGAAGUUUUUCUCGGGCCACCAGUUGUCGGCUGACAGCACCAAGCUGAUUCACCAGUCUCUGCAGCAUGGCAUGGGGUACGCCCGGGCCGAGCUGUUCAAAAUCCUGCACACUAUUCUAGUCAAUGGACAGAGCCGCGACCUGGCAUUAUCUUACAUAGCCAAAGCUCUGGAGAGGAACGCCAAGAAAUCCCAGAUACAGGUGGAUGAGAGAUAUGUAGCAGGAGAUGGAUUCAUGUUGAACUUACUGUCCGUCCUUCAACAGCUGUCUGUGAAAAUCACGCUGGACAAGGUUGACACAUACUACCCAUUCCAUCCAAAUUCUCGAGUGGGCAUUAAGUCAGAGACACGCCUGAAGGCCCUUCCUCAACAUGCAGAGAAAUGGAUCAAGGAAUUAUCUAAAGAAACACCCCCCUGGCAGGACCCCAAAUUUCCCACUGAAUGUUUCUUCCUGACCCUCCAUUGUCACCACCUGUCAAUCAUUCCUGCUGUUCGGCGGUACCAGCGCCGUCUUCGUGCAAUACGUGAUCUCAACAGAAUGGUGGAGGACCUAGAGAACACAGAGUCCCAGUGGAGCCAGUUCCCACACGCCGCACGGAACAAGGAGAUGCUCAAGAAAUGGAAAUCUCAAGUUCAGAGGUUGCAGAAGAGUAAACUCUGUGCUGAUGCAGCUAUUUUGGACGAGUCCUUGCUUAGACACUGUCUAAAUUUUUACAGUGGUGUGUCUACGUAUAUUCUUAAAGUUGCAGACCCUCAGAAUAUGGGUCAAACUCUGCCCUUGCCCAAGAAUGUGCCAAUGCCAUUUGGAGCUCUUCCUGACUUCUAUCUAGAAGACAUCGCUGAUUAUCUCCUGUUUGUUAUUCAGUUCAGCCCUGACGUGUUGAAUGACCCCUGUAUGACCCAGAUCAUCCACAUGCUGAUAGUGAUGGUGUGUAACAAUGAAUACAUCGGCAACCCGUACCUGACCGCAAAGCUGGUCGAGGUCGUAUUUGUCAUGAACCCUAGCGUCCAACGCAGAACCGGGAGUCUCAAUGAGCAGUUCUUACUGCACCCUCUAGCCCUCAAACACUUGGUGCCGGCUCUGAUGAAGUUUUACACAGAGAUUGAAACCACAGGAGCCAGCAAUGAGUUUUAUGACAAGUUCUCCAUCCGCUACCAUCUCAGUAUCAUCUUCAAGACCAUGUGGCAGACCCCACAGCAUCAGCUCAACAUGAUAGAGGAGGCAGACAAUGGCAAACAGUUUGUGAAGUUUGUGAACAUGCUGAUGAAUGACACAACCUUCCUGUUGGAUGAGAGUCUGGACUGUCUUAAGCGGAUCCAUGAGAUCCAGGAAGCCAUGCAGAACAUGGAGGAAUGGGAGCGACAGCCCAAGGACCAGCAGCAGUCCCGACAGAGGCAGCUUGCUAUGGAUGAGCGACAGUGCAGAUCUUACCUCACACUAGCCACAGAGACUGUGGAUAUGUUCCAAUACCUCACCGAGAAAAUCAGGAAACCCUUCCUCAAACCAGAAUUGGCUGAUAGAUUGGCAGCCAUGUUGAAUUUCAAUCUGCGACAACUGUGUGGUCCAAAAUGUAAGAACCUUAAAGUGAAGAACCCGGAGAAGUACGGCUGGGAACCCAAGGAGCUGCUCAACAGACUGACCGACAUCUACCUACACCUGGACUGUGAUCAAUUCGCCACUGCUAUUGCCAACGAUGAAAGAUCUUACCGCCAUGAACUUUUUAAUGAUGCUAUUGCCAGAAUGCAGAAGGCUAUGAUCAAAACUAAUGUAGAGAUAGAAAAAUUCCGCUUUCUGCAGGAAAAAGUUGACAAAAUUGUCUUAGAAAAACAGCAGGAAGAAGUGGAUUAUGGGGAAAUUCCAGAGGAGUUCAAAGAUCCCUUGAUGGACACUUUGAUGAAUGACCCAGUUAUUUUGCCCAGUGGCACUGUGAUGGAUCGACCAAUCAUCACUCGGCAUUUAUUGAACUCUCAGACUGACCCAUUCAAUAGGCAGCCGCUCACAGAGGAGGAACUCAAACCAGCCAAUGAGAUCAAGUUGAAGAUAGAGGCCUGGAAACAAUCAAAGACAAGAAGAUAAUCUUGGACUCUCGCGAUCAACACCAUCCUUGUGUUCUUUUAGUUUUCUUUUAUCUCAUGUCAGUAGAAAAAAAAACAUGUUCUUUGCUCAUAGAUAUAUCUACCAUGUAAGGUAAUAUAAAGACAAGUGUAACCAAGUUCUCAUAAUGGUGGAUACCAAGUAACACAUGAUUGUAAUAUGGGAUUAUUUUCGUUUGUCUUUAUAUAGUGGAAGAACAAGGUGUACAUGACUACAGUCUAUAUCAAGUUACAUUAUCAACUUUAAUAGAUGAGCAGGUUUUAUCAUGACAUGAAAUAGAGUUGUUGCCCCUUGAAUUUUUGGAUUGUUCAGAUUCUCUAUCAUAGACCGAGAGCUUUCUACAAAAAGUUUAUUGUGAUCUUGUUUGCAUUUUGUCAUGUGACUGUUCCAGUUGAAUGAACAUAUUUUUCAGGUUCAGUAAAUUGACUAUUUGUACAGUUUUUUACGACAAUAUGAUGAUUUUUUUGGUCUGUUGUGUCGGUGUCAAUGUCACUGUUUAUCUCAAACUUAAUUCGAGGGACAAGUCAAGUGUAUCUCGAUAAAAUAAUUAACCGUGUUUUAUAGAUUUAUCCCCAAAGUUCGUUAAACUGAAAAAAGGAAAACUUUGUUUAGUUUUGUAAUCAAGACUGCUAACUUCACAUUAUCUGUAUUUUAUACUUUAGCAUAUGUGUCCAGUUGCUAUGCUAUUAACUGUUAAUGCUUGUGUGCUUCGAGUCAUUAAGUGUUUAUUGAUGCAUUUGAACUCUACAGAGCUAAUUUUCAUUUGUAAACAAUCAAUUUAUUUCAUAAAAAAUCUCCCAAACAUGAAUUCAUGUAGUCUCAUUGUAAUUAUGUACUCAAAGUACAGCAGUUUUUCAAUUUCGUUUUUCAAGCCAUUUCAUUUGGAUGCCUUGACCUAUGGGUGUGUGAUCUCAUCGAAAAUUUACAAGAUGAAUUUUAAGUUUGGGAUGCAAUAAUGCAUCCAAUUCUGUAUUAAUCUGUCUGACAAUUUAGGUGUGUUUAGUGAAUCUGUAGGAAAGGUUUUGCUAGAUGAAUUUCUUUCUGUUUAAUUUACACUUUAUUCAGUAACCUAUUGGACUUGUGACAGUUGAAUGCAAUUGCCUAAUUAUGUACAUCCUGGAUUUAUCUACUGUAUUAAUCUCAAAGACGACAGGUUCUAUUGGCUGUUGUGGCAUUAUUUUUGUUUGAAAUUAAAUUUUUUAAGGGAAAAGAAAAAAAAAUAACAUUAGAAUAUUUGAAAGCUUCCCCUUCACCCCCAAUAAAUUGCAAGUUGCAAGAGUAGUCUUGUGGUUAUUGAAAAUAUCUUGAAUCUUUUGAAAAGAUUUCUCUGCUGAAGGUAAAAUAAAUCUGUUGACCUUAAAAAGCACAGUAUUGAACAGUGUUGAAUAUUUGAAUUGAGUGUUGAAUUACAACAUUAUUUCAUCACUUGCUCAUAACAAUGAAUCCUCAGAUCAACUUGUAUGUAUGUUCAUGUUUUUGUUUGUGUGUGUGUGUGUGUGCUAUACCUAUUCUGUGAUCAUAUACACUUUUCUCAUGUGUUUUGUUUUAUUUAUAUAUAAAAUACAAUUGUAUGUACAAAUGAAUUUUGGGGGGCAAAGAAAGCAAGAUUUAGUUUGAUGUUAGUCAGUUGUAAAUGGCGGCAAUAAAAUGAUUGAGAAAAUGUUG